AUUGAGACCGUGAAAGUGAAAGUAAGCCACAGCAGCUCUAUUUCAUAAACCAUUUCAGGAGUAAAAACACAGGUUUGAUUUAACACACCGAUGUUGAAGUAAACGUGUGUCCUGCUGUAAUCUAGAGAAGUAGACAUGACCUCCAACAUGAGAAUGCCUGGAAAACUGGACAUAAAAAAAUAUGAGAGAAUGAUGGCGGGAAAGAGAUCAGACUCACCAGAACCCAGCUGUGUGUCCAUGAAGAGUGACCAGUCAAUUGGACUUCCAUUUAACUUCAGAGACAGAGACAGUUCUACAGAUGUGAGACCACAAAAGAAGAAAUCAAAUGUCAGAAGAAAUCAGUUGGAGUCCAUAUUCAAGGAGCUGGAAAACAAAGUCAUCACUCUGAUAAAGAAUGAACUGAAGAGGUUUAGGAAGCUCCUGAGUCCAGAUUACCCAGCAUGCCCUGAGAGGGAGGUGGAGGAUGAGGAGGAUCUGCACAGUGUCAGAGAGGGAGCGCUGAAGAUCACACUGCACGUCCUGAAGAACAUGAACCACACAGAUCUCGCUAAUACACUGCACACCAAGUCUGUGGCCUCUGUGUAUCAGUCAAAGUUGAAAUCCAACCUGAGAGAGAAGUUUAAAAGAAUUAAUGAAGGAAUCUCACAGCAUGGAAGCUCAGCACUUCUGAAUGAGAUCUACACAGAGCUCUACAUCACAGAGGGUUGGAGUGGAGACGUCAAUAGUGAACAUGAGGUGAGACAGAUCGAGACAGCGUCCAGGAGAACAGCAACACAGGAGACACCCAUCAAAUGUAAUGACCUCUUUAAAGACAAGUCCAUCAGAACUGUGCUGACUAAAGGAGUUGCUGGAAUUGGAAAAACAGUCUCUGUGCAGAAGUUCAUUCUGGACUGGGCUGAAGGAAAAGCAAAUCAGGACGUCACCUUCAUGUUUCCACUUCCCUUUAGAGAGCUGAAUCUGAUGAAGGAGAAAAAUCUCAGUCUGAUGAAUCUUCUUCAUCACUUUUUCCCAGAAAUGAGAAAACUACAAUUAAUAGAUUCCUACAAAGUGGUGUUGAUCUUUGAUGGUCUGGAUGAGUGUCGACUUCCUCUAAAUUUCCAGAACAAUGAGAGAUUGUGUGAUGUGACAGAGUCAGCCUCAGUGGAUGUGCUGCUGACAAACCUCAUCAAGGGGAAUCUGCUUCCCUCUGCUCUCCUCUGGAUAACCUCUCGACCAGGAGCAGCGAAUCAGAUCCCUCCUGAGUGUGUAGACCAGGUAACAGAGGUACGAGGGUUCAGUGAUCCUCAGAAAGAGGUGUACUUCAGGAAGAGGAUCAGUGAUCAGAGCCUGGCCAAUAAAAUCAUCACACACAUGAAGUCUUCAAGAAGCCUCUACAUCAUGUGCCACAUCCCAGUCUUCUGCUGGAUUUCAGCCACUGUUCUAGAGAGAAUGUUGGGUGAAGCAAAGAGUGGAGAGAUCCCGAAGACUCUGACUCAAAUGUUCACACACUUCCUGAUCUUUCAGAUCAAACACAAGGACCAAAAGUACCAUCAGAAAUGUGACCCUGAUCCUCAGCAGACCAGAGAGAGUAUCCUGGCACUGGGGAAACUGGCUUUCCAACAGCUGGAGAAAGGCAACCUGAUCUUCUAUGAGGAAGACCUGAGAGAGUGUGGCAUUGAUGUCAGAGAAGUGUCAGUGUACUCAGGAGUGUGUACCCAAAUCUUCAGAGAGGAGUUUGGGCUUCACCUGGGGAAGGUGUUCAGCUUUGUACAUCUGAGUGUUCAGGAGUUUCUGGCUGCUUUAUAUGCAUUUCUCUGCAUUAUUUUUAGAAAAACAAAUGUGGUAGUGAAGCAAAGCACUGGACUUUUUAAUUUCUUCAGAAAUACAAACAUGUCUGAUUUCCUCAGGACUGCAGUGGACAAGGCCUUACAGAGUGAGAAUGGACACCUGGACCUGUUCCUCCGCUUCCUUCUGGGUCUCUCCUUGGAGUCCAAUCAGACUCUCUUACGAGGCUUAAUGCCACAGACAAGAAGCAGCUCUCACAGCGAACAGGAAACAGUCAAGUACCUCAAGGAGAAGAUCAGGGAGAAUCCAUCUCCAGAGAAAUCCAUCAAUCUGUUCCACUGUCUGAAUGAACUGAAUGAUCAUUCUCUAGUGCAGGAAGUACAAACUUACCUGAACAGAGAAGAUUACAGUCAUCUCAGUGGAACCAGACUCUCUCCUGCUCAGUGGUCAGCUCUGGUGUUUGUGUUACUGAACUCAGAACAGGAGCUGGAUGAGUUUGAUUUGAGGAAAUAUAACCCAUCAGAGGAAGGUCUUCUGAGGCUGCUGCCAGUGGUCAAAGCCUCCAGAAAAGCUGUGCUGUGUGGGUGUAAUCUGACAGAGGAAAGCUGUAGAGUUCUGUCCUCAGUUCUCAGCUCAAACUCCUCCAGUCUGAGAGAACUGGACCUGAGUAACAAUAAACUGCAGAAUUCAGGAGUGAAGCUGCUCUCUGCUGGACUGGAGAAUCCACACUGUACACUGGAGAUACUGAGGUACACACACACACACACACACACACACACACACACACACACACACACAUGCUUAAAUUAGAUGGGCAGGUUCAUUAGUGGUUUAUAGUGUUUAGUGGUUUAAGUCUGUAAUGCUCGACUGGGUUCAUGCUGCGUUUCCAUUGCAAACACGGUAAACAGAAAAGCUGUAACUCUUUUGUUUAAACUAAAAAACACUAAACUUACAGUUCUGUCAUCUGUCCUUUUGUGUAAUUUGUACUUUGAUUAGACAAUGUGUGCUCAAUCUAGAAAAAAAACUUUUCUUCUCCAAACACAUUUUAGGGAAAAAUAAUGAGAAUAAUAAUCCACCUGACAGCUGAUGACGUAUACCAGACACAUCACUGAAAUAGGAUAAAAGAUUAUAGCCCUAAUUAAGCUCAAAUAUAGGAGGUGUGUCGCUCCUUGUAAUCAGAGACAACCUUAAACCACACCUCGCUCAGAUACAGCAGAUGAAAGGGUACACGAAUGCUAAGCUAAACGCUAUCCAGGUGAAGCUAGCCACACUCACAAUGUGCAUCAACAUAAUAAACUCAACAAUCAACAAGCUAGAGUCAGGUGUGAAGAACAAUUCUAGUGCUCCUAGCAGACACGAAAAACCCUACAGUCAGUGGAGCUUAAGCUAGAGGAUUAUGAAGAUUUGAACAGGAGAUGCAACAUCGGUAUUAUUGGGCUGAGAGGGUAACGAAGGCGCCAAUGCUAUCCAGUUCCUCUCACGAUCCAUACCCCAAUGCCUCUCCUCUCUGCACACCAGAUCUACAGCAACUCAGUAAGCAAACGAGGGGAAGAUCAAACUCUGAUUUUCAGUGUUCUAUGUUAUUGAACCUGCCAAGCCAUUUUUCUUCAUGCUAAUAAGAGAGAGCACCUCAUCACUGACAGAAGAACAGUCUGCUUCACCCCUGACUACAGUAACUACAUGGUGAAGCGACACCUGGUCUUCUCCCAGGCCAUGUCCAUGGCACGAGCUAAAAGUGUUGAGUUUUUCCUACUCUAUCCUGCCACACUGAAAAUCACAGAUGGCCCACUUUUGCAGAGGAUUUCCUGAACUUGACAGCAGCAGUGCCGAGCAGAGCCGCUUCACCAUCAACCACCGAGCUGGCCGUGGAUGGCUAGGCUAAAAAUGCUUCUGGUGUGGAGCUGCAGCCUUUUUCUGAGCUUCGUUCUUACUGGACUUGUUUAAGCUAGCCCGGCUAACGGUGCUACAGAAACUGAUAAAUGUUUCAGUUUCAUACUUCAUAUUGCAGUAAAUUAGCUUUUCUUUUUUUUUAUUUUCCUCUGGAGGAUGAAAGCCACCAGUUUCAUGCAUAGUAUUUCUGAAAGUUCUGGACUGCCCUCCUAGCUGUCUGAGCCGGGUUAGAUCAGGCUAGGCUAGGCUAAUUGUUAGCUUCAGCCUGAUAGUAUAAGGAUGCUAGCGUUGUGAUGCUACACACGUCCGCUGAUAACACACAGGCCAGGCUGGCUCUAGCUCA